AUGGAGAUUCAGCCUGCAUUGAAAGUGCUGCUCGAAUACACUGACGAUCAGGUGGUGUGGGACACAAUAUGGGCCAUCAAUAACUUUACAGAAGACAAAGAUCGCAUCCAGAUCAUCGUCGAGAGUGGCAUUGUGCCCAAGAUCGUGAGUCUGGUCGGCAGCAACGUUGUAUCUAUAAAGUGUGCUGCCGUGAAUUGUCUUGGCAACAUUGUAACUGGAACCGAUGAGCAGACGCAAGCGGUGCUUGAUUCCAAUAUUCUAUCGUACUUUCCAACACUCUGCUUGCAUCCCGAUAUGCAACUGCGCAGGAACAUUAUGUGGUUUCUAUCGAAUAUCAUGGCUGGUACCGUGUCACAAAUUCAGCAAGUUAUUGACGCCGGCCUAAUGUCACCGAUCAUUGAGAAUAUGUGCAACGGCGACUUUGCAAUCCAGCGCGAAGCCGCCUAUGCAAUCGGCAGUCUAUGCAGCAAAGGUGCACGCGAGCAAGUAAAUGUCAUCAUCCACGAUCGUGUCAUUUCGUCGUAUUGUCAUUUGUUGGUUUGCCACGAUAUAGAACUCAUCAAGUCUGUACUCAAUGGAUUGAAAGAUAUGCUGGAAAAAUCCGAACCAGAUCAGUUGGAAGUUGCCAUUUUGAUUGAAGAGUGCGGAGGACUCGAUAAAAUCGAGAGUCUGCAGAACCAUGAGAACAAUGAGAUUUAUAAGUUGGCCUUCGAAUUGAUUGAGACAUACUUUGUAGAUGAUGACGAAGAAGAUUGCCUGCUACCGACUUUAAAUUCAUCACAGAUUCAGUUUGAUCCAAACGCUGGCAAUCAACCAGGCAGCAAGCCAUUCAAUUUUUAA